GACCUGAAGCUGCCGGUGCUCCACGCCAUCUACGAGGAGCUCACGGACAAAGAUCGCCUGCAGGCCCUGCGGAAGUUCGCCUUCCAGGGGGCCUCGGCCCGCUGCGAGGCCGCAGCCAUCUCAGAGGAGCCUGGAUGGGUGAAGCUGCACAACGGCAGCCUGCAGGAGCUGGUGGGGAACUUCAAAGAGGUUCAGAGGACCCUGAAGGGGACGGAGUUCGAAUGGAUGUUGCGCGACUGA